AUGGACUUCUUCUCAAACCUGAAUUUCUUGUACUUCAACCCAAAGUUAACCAAAAAAAGUAAUCUAUAUAUUGAAUGGGAGGGCAAACGCGCGCGUAUUGUGCGGCCCGACGUUCAGGCCAUCAAUGGUGUCAUUCAUGUCAUCGAUACUGUGCUGAUGAAGAAGAGAGAUCUCAGCGUCAACUCAUCCUCUCAUCCCGUCGUUAGCAUCACAUUAACGAUCAUAAUACAAGACGACAACCAUUACGACAAAUACCUGUCAUCACAACUGAAUAAUGAAAACAAUUUGAAACAAAUAAUUGAAAACAAUUGA